AUGAGAAUCUCUUUUCUUAAUAAAACCUUUAGAAACUAUUUUAAUUUGGUACCUAAUACAUUUACUAGAAAUUCUAUUCCCUGGAAAUGUUCAUUAUCAUAUUCUUCAACGUUAUAUUGUCAUAAAUCUAUGUCAAAUGAAACUGAUCCUGAUGGAAUAGCUAUUCAAAAGUUGUACCGUCAAGAAAAGGUAACUCCAACAAAAAAAGGAUAUGAUAUUUUAAGAGAUCCAUCAUUAAAUAAAGGUAUGGCAUUUACAUUAUAUGAAAGACAGUAUCUUGGUAUGCAUGGACUUCUUCCACCAGCGUUUAUGACAGAAGAACAACAAGCAUAUAGAAUUAUGACAAAAUUAAGACAGACAAAUGAUAAUUUAGAAAAAUAUAUUCAGUUAUCUGGUCUUUUAGAUAGAAAUGAAAAAUUAUUUUUCCGUAUAUUGUGUGAUAACAUUAAAGAACUUAUGCCAAUUGUAUAUACACCAACAGUUGGACAGGCAUGUCAGGCAUUUGGUUUCAUUUAUAGAAAUCCAAGAGGUGUCUAUAUAACAUCAAAUGAUAAUUCAAUUUCAAAAAUUCAUCAAAUUCUUUCUAAUUGUCCACAUGAAGAUAUAAAAGUUAUUGUUGUUACUGAUGGUGAAAGAAUUCUUGGACUUGGUGAUUUAGGAGCAUAUGGUAUGGGUAUUCCAAUUGGUAAACUUACAUUAUAUACAGCAUUAGCUGGAAUAAAACCAUCACAAUGUUUACCAGUUCUUAUUGAUGUUGGUACUGAUAAUCAAAAAUUAUUAAAUGAUCCAUUUUAUAUUGGUUUAAGACAUAAAAGAAUUAGAGGAAAAGAAUAUGAUAAAUUACUUGAUAAUUUUAUGAAUGCAUGUGUUAAAAAAUUUGGACAAAAUGUACUUAUACAAUUUGAAGAUUUUGGAAAUAAAAAUGCAUAUAGACUUCUUGAUAGAUAUAGAGAUAAUUUUACUGUUUUUAAUGAUGAUAUUCAGGGAACAGCUUCAGUUGUUUUGGCUGGUUUAUUAUCAACAACUCAUAUAACAAAAAAAAAAUUAUCUGAACAAAAGUUUGUCUUUUUAGGUGCUGGUGGUGCUGGUACUGGUGUUGCUGAAAUGUGUGUAUGGCAAAUGGAAAGUGAAGGAUUGUCAUAUGAAGAAGCUUGUAAUAGAAUAUAUCUUAUGGAUAUUGAUGGAUUAAUUACAAAAAAUAGACUUAAUAAUCUUCCAGAAAGACAUAUACCUUUUGCAAAAGAUCUUCCAGAUACCAAAUCUUUACUUGAUGUUAUUAAUACAGUUCAACCAAAUGGAAUUAUUGGUGCUUCAACAGUCAAAGGAGCUUUUACACCAGAAAUAAUUACAAGAAUGGCUGAAAUUAAUCCUAAUCCAAUUAUUUUUGCUUUAUCUAACCCAACUUCUAAAGCUGAAUGUACUGCUGAAGAUGCCUAUAGACUUACAAAAGGAAAUGUUCUUUUUGCAAGUGGUUCUCCAUUUCCAAAUUUAGAGUACAAUGGUAAAAUAUAUAAACCUGGACAAGGAAAUAAUGCUUAUAUCUUUCCUUCAAUAGGAUUAGCUGUAUGUUUAUUUAAGAUUAGGCAUAUAAAAUCAAAAUAUUUCUUGAUUGCGGCACGUUGUGUUGCAAAAUCAGUAACACAAAAAAAUUAUGAUGUAGGUAGAAUAUAUCCACGUUUAAAGGAGAUUCGUGAAAUAUCAAUUAAAGUUGCCAUUGAAAUUGCAGAAGAAGCUUACAAGGAUGGAUUAGCAGCAUUAUAUCCUAAACCUAAAAAUUUAGAAAUGUACAUAAGAUCACAGUUAUAUGAUGUUGAAUAUGAAGAGUUAAUUAAUAAAACUUAUGAAUGGCCAGAAAAAGAUUGUAAACAUGGAUUUCCAGUACCAUUAAUGAAUAGAGAUUCAAUGGAUGAUUAG